AUGGUUUUUUCCCUCUCCCUGUCUCUCCAGGCCUAUUGGAAAAAGAUGAAUCAGCUUUUGCAAACCCUGAAUCAGAAGCUUGCAAGCCUCAGCCAUGGGCAGGAAGGGAUUGUCAAGAUCAGUUCUGCUGUCUCUGAUAAGCUGGUUGCCUUUAAAAGUAAACCUCCAUCAAUUCAGAGAGAAAUCCUGAGCGUCUGCAGUGACCCUUACACUCUGGCUCAGCAGCUGACACAUGUGGAGCUGGAAAGGCUGAGUCACAUUGGACCUGAGGAGUUUGUGCAGGCGUUUGUACAUAAAGACCCUCUGGAUGGCACCAAGACUUGUUUCAGUGAACAGAAGAAGACGAGUAACCUUGAAGCCUACGUGAAAUGGUUCAAUAGACUCUGCUAUCUUGUAGCAACAGAAAUUUGCAUGCCUGCAAAAAAGAAACAGCGAGCACAAGUCAUCGAAUUCUUCAUUGACGUUGCCCGAGAGUGCUUUAACAUAGGGAAUUUUAAUUCACUGAUGGCAAUCAUUUCUGGAAUGAACAUGAGUCCAGUUUCCAGGCUAAAGAAGACCUGGUCAAAAGUGAAAACAGCCAAAUUUUUCAUACUUGAGCACCAGAUGGACCCUACUGGUAACUUCUAUAACUACAGAACAGCAUUGCGGGGGGCUGCUCACAGAUCCCUCACCGCACACAGCAACAGGGAGAAGAUUGUGAUCCCCUUCUUCAGCCUAUUGAUCAAAGACAUUUAUUUUUUGAAUGAAGGAUGUGCUAAUCGCCUUCCAAAUGGACAUGUCAACUUUGAAAAAUUUCUGGAACUGGCUAAGCAAGUAGGAGAAUUUAUAACAUGGAAGCAAGUGGAAUGUCCCUUUGAACAAGAUCCUAACAUCAUCCACUACUUGCAUACUGCUCCCAUUUUUACUGAAGAUGGUUUGUAUCUGGCUUCCUAUGAGAGCGAAAGUCCAGAAAACCAGACAGAAAAAGACAGGUGGAAAUCCUUAAGAUCCACUAUUUUAGGAAAGACUUGA